AUGUUGAAUCACAGCCCAAAUGCUCAAGGCUUGGCUUAUUUAGACAAAAAGUCGGACUUUUACUGUGUAAACGCGGAAUACAAGUGUGUGAAUGAAGGCGACGAGAUAUUCGUAUGUUAUGGUGCACAUGAUAAUAUACGGCUGUGGGUGGAGUACGGGUUCAGCAUACCUCACAACAUUUUUAAUCGGGUGGAUGUGCCUAAUGGUGAGGGUUUGGGAUUUUUAUGUUGUUCAAAUAAUUCUGUGCCUCUAAUUCCGAAAAUUUUCUUUGAGAGGGGCACUGAAUUAUUUGAACAAUAUAAUAAAUUUUUUUAAUUUGAAAUAUUUUGAAAUUAAGGAUGCUCAAUUUGAAUUUUGAAAAAAAAUAAUUUUGAAUACAUAUUUCUAGGAGUCUUAUUCGCUUUGGCAGAAACACUUGGCCUAGACGUAUCAGAUGAAAAGAAACGAAUAAUUGAGGAAAUGGCUAUACCAAAGUAAGUAAAAUUCUACUUUUAAAAAUUUUUUUGGUUUUAAUUUAUCAGUUGAUUUACAUAGUAUAUUUCUUAUUCAGUAGACAUUAGGAAUGGGCAGGGCCUGACCCAAAUUUAGGUCAGGACGGACCUAAAAAUUAUGGCCCGGUCCGUUCUUUAUGUCUAUUAUUCAAAAGGCUCUUUUUAUAGGUAACACCAUAAAAAGACAAAAAAUUUUACUGUAGGUUCUUUUUAAAGAACCUACUUUGCCUAAGGGUACAUUAGCAAAACUUACGUUGCCCAACGGCAUUUUAUACAAAAAUGGCAAAAAGUCUUACUGGAGACGAAACUUAUUGAUGAUGUGGAAAAUUUACUGUAUAUAUAACAUUUAUUACUAUAUUAAAACCAAUCUUUCAGCACAAUGUACUUGAGUGACAUAAAGCCAAGUUUUGGGAUUCAGAAGAACAUUGCCAUCUUAUUAAUGGACAAGCUUCAAUUGUAAGUGUAAAAUACGAAUUUUUUUCAGGUUAGGACAUUAUUCUUUGGUCAAAAAUACAAUAACAAAAAUUUAAAAAAUAUUUUUUAAAUUAAAAAAAAAUAUUUAAGAAAAGACGUAAAAACUCUUGUCUAUGGUUCGAUGCAAAAUGAAGAAGCUGAAGACACGAUAUACUUGUUCUUAGAAGCUUUGAAAGGAUUGUUAGAGAAGCGGGUAAAGACUUGUUCAACAGCAUUUUCUCAUUUCUGGACAGAACAAGUCGAGAUUCUGAAUAAUAUCAUCAAGUUACGAGAGGAUUCCUCGGAUGACGAAUAA